AUAUGUCGCUGUGGGAUUACUGCGUUGUCACUUACACGCACGACGGUGUGUCCCAAGUGAACACAUUAAGCAGCAGAUGGCUGUUGGAGGACGGGCAGCAUGCUCUUUUGCCCAACCUUCCACUGUUCGAUUACCACCAGGCGGUGCGGGAGCACAGAUACCCCAUAGCUGAUUGCAAAAUGUUUCCAGUGACGGUACUUCAUCGUACAGUGCAUUUCGAGGACGCACGCCGACUGGAAAGUACCGUCGGGGAUCAACGUCAUGGGACGGACACCGAUUGCACCAUCCCCAUGCAAACAUCACCGAAGCGAGUUAUACGCCUGCCGGCGAAACUUCGUGAUUACGGGGAUGAGAAUGUACCGACCAGAAAAAAACGGUGCAACGCUCCUGCAUCUGCAACCUAUGGGAGAUUUCCUGAAUUCUCGUUGGAGGACGUGGCGCGGCAUACCAUGCCUCCUCAGAUUGCUGAUGACUUCCAGGAGGAUACUCACAUGCGUGGAUGUAAUGAAGUAGCCGUUCAAACGGAGGGUAUGAAAUGCUGUAAGUCUUCCGGUUUUGCACUUUAG